AUGGCGGAACCUCAACAGUCGGACGCAGCGAAAAAAGCCGCCGCACGAAGAGCAAAGAUCCUCGCUCGAGUCAAGCCGGCAUCCCAGCCAUCGCCACCCCAGGCGGAACCUGUCCAGCCCUCCUGGGCUCCCCCUCCUGCCGAACCUAAAGCGCCCCGGCCGACUGCCUCUGCCUCGCCCCAACCUCAAAUGUCCUCUGAACAGGAAGCCAUGGCGCGCCAAAUGGAAGCCAUGAUGUCCAUGUUUGGCGCCCCCGGCAAUGGCGCUGCUGGGGGAGAGAUGCCCGACAUGUCAAAACUCUUGUCUCAGAUGAUGGGUGAUCCUUCCCUCGCUGGCGGUCCCGCCGGCCAGAACCUUCUGGGAGACAUGGAUGAUCCUGCCGGUCUCGGGGCGUUUGGUGGUGCUGGUGGCGUCCCGCCCAACAUCUUUGGAGGCGCUGAUGGCUCUUCGCCCUUCCCGUUCCCUGGCAUGCAGCAACAGUCGCAAGGAAAAAGCAAAGUCGCCAGGUACUUUCCCCUCGUGCACCUCGUCGCGACUCUUUUCCUCGCGCUUUUCGCAGUGCUCUGGUGGGAGCCGGCUUUGCGAUCCGCCUCUGCUUAUCAAGAGGAGGCCACCACAUGGUCAGAGAGAUGGAGUGGCUUCUCCGGUAGGCGGGUGAAGGGACUGGGAGAGGUCGAGGUGCUCCCUCUUUUCCUCGCCUUUGUCACCGUCGAACUCAUCCUCCAAAGCUCGCGGCUUAUGAUCUUCAGAUCACCUCCUGCUCCUCACGCCCUCCUUCAGAACUUUCUUCCCGUCCUUCCUCAAGGGAUCGCCCGCCCUCUCCUCACCGGCUCGCGCUACCUCAAUCUUCUGAACCAGACUUACAAGGAUGGUUGUCUUUUGGUCUUUGCGGUGGGCAUGACGAUCGUAGGGGCCGAGUGGUUGCGGGGGUCGUUGAUCGUUUGA